CGUCUAUAUCUCUGCGGAUACGGGGUGGCUGAUUUGCAGAUACGGCGGAGUUGGGCUGACUUUGGUCCAUAGAGCUUUCGAAUUACAGUAUGGUAGUGGCAGUGUAGUAGCUAUGGCGGCUGUGCCUGUCUCAUGGCGCUGCAUAUCAUUUCCACCUGGAAAGCAGAUAUCUAUAUAUUUUAUAAAGUUCAGCGAUGAUCCAUCUUUCAAUUGAAUUGAAUCAUCGUAACUUCCACAGAAUUGAGCUCAAUUGAAGCAACGAUCCAAACCAGCAAAAUGGGCAACCCCAACGAAGCAGGACAAUACUCACACCACAGUAAUGAAGCACCACCACCAUACUCCGCAAACGCCACCCUAGCGCCACGAGCGUCAUUCUCCUCAUCCACAUCCUCCCUCGCACCACCCUACCAAGCAAUCCCCAGCUCCAGCAUAUCCGGCGUGCAAAACCGGUUCCCGCAAUCACUAAACGGAUACUGGGAAAUGAAAAUGCUAUCCAAAAACAUCCUCCUCGGCGAACACGCCGAUAAACCGCUUUUCGCCGUCAGUCUGCAUAGCGGAUUAACCAAGAACAAGAUGGUAGAACUGCAUUCUGGACCAAAUGAUUCGGAUCCGAUAAUCGCCACUGCGGACCAUGAGAGUAGGUGGGGUUCGGGCAGAACUACGAUUAUCCAAAUCAUACCGGAUGGUGCACCCCGCGCCGCCGUUGCCGGGUCCUCAACGGGAAGUUCCGCGUCCGGGUCGGGAUCCACAUCGGAGGGGAAUACGACUGUUAUUAUGAAGCAACCGCAUGAUUGGAGACACACUACGCAUAAAUUCACGGUGCAAGUUGGUUUAGGAAAAGAUACUCACGAGGAAGAAUUUGAAUGGAGGGGGAGUCGAGGUGGCGAAGUGAAAGAGUUGGACAAAUGGUCGCGGGGUUGGAAAUUAGUUCGAUUAAACGGUGUGUCGCACAGUCAUGGCGGAGAACGGGCGACACGGUCAGCUGGUGUAACGAGUGACGGCAAAGAGGUUGUUGCAGUCUAUGCGCAGAACACGAAGGCCAGCAAAAAUAAGAUUUUCAAGUUCCAGUUUCUCGAGGGCGGCGCGACGGGAGUGCUGGGCGAAACAUUUGCUACGGCUGCCCUUAUGUCUGCACUUAAAAUCUGGUACAUUGCAUAUGUACAGCAGAGCGCAGCGAAUGCUGGUGCUGGUGCUUGAUUCUUAGUCAGAGGUCCAUGGGAGUUUGUGGAAUAUAUUCGGGGGUCGGAUAUUUGGGCUUUUUAUUGGUUAUUUAUACCCUGGAGAUUGGUCGUACUUUAUAGAAAAAAUCU